AUGAGGGGGGCUGGCCGCACGGCGCCCCUCAAGCCCCACAGCCAAGGUCUGGGCAGACCAAAGCCCGAGCUGGCGCGGCCACCCCGGGUCUGGGCACUGGGGGGCACGAAGGCUCCCAGGACGCCGACGCACACUCACCCGGCUCCGGGGGGAUGCGGGGCUGGCCGAGCGUCACAAAGACAAGCCCAGCGCGAUCUGGCAAAACCCAACUUUCCACCCGGCUUGCCAGGGCCGCCAGAUACGUCAACAGAAUCCAUCUUUCGAAGGGCCUGGAAGGCGCUGGGUUUUCCGGGCCGGGGCAGAGCGGCAAAGCCGGAGGCGGCCCGGUGCGGUGCCCAGGCGCGGAGUGCGCCGCGCGCCGCCCUCUGUGCCGGGUGCCAGCGCUGGUGGCGGCCCGAAACCCACUUCGGGGCCCCCGCCCCGCCGGCCGGCGCCGCCUCUCCGGCCCCGCCAGCCAGUGCGCGGCGCCGGGAGCAGGAGCGGGGCCCGGGGACGCCGCACGGGUGGCGGCCUCGGCCCGCGUCCCCGCCCCCGCCCGGCCCUCCCAGCUGGCCCCGGCCUCCGGGCGCCGUCCUGCCCACGGAAGCAGGCCCCUCCCCGGGCGCCGGGCCCCGCCAGGCGCGCCCAGCCCGGCGCGCCCCCUCCGUCCCGGUGGCAGGUCCGCACGGGGAGGGCGCGCGGGAGGGACCCCGGCCCGCACUGGGGCACCGCGGUGGCUACCUCGCAGUCGCGGCCGCCGCCUCCAGGAAGCCACGGGGUGGUCGCGGGUGCGGGAACUCUCCGGUCUGGUGUCGCCGCCCGCCGCCUGAAGGGGGUGCGCAGCGGUGGGAGCCGCCGUCGCCGCUGUCACCGAGCCGCUGUCGCCGCCGCCGCCGCUGCCGGUUGUGCAUGCAAAAGUCAAGAACUCAAGGGCUCAUGGACACCAAUUCAGAGAAAUGUUGCCCACCCUACCAAACCUCUCUGCUGCCAGAAGUGAUUCUCUGUGAGAUAGUUUAUUCUUCAUUGCCUUCAAUCCUCCACUUGGCUUUGGCUGUUUCAACAUGGCUUUGGAUUCUCUAGAGCAGGGGUCUCCAAAAUGGGCUGGUCAAACCCCAGGGUGAGUGAGAUAAUACCCUGGGGGGUAGGGAGCAAAUGUCAGAAUCAGUAGAUAGACAGAUUCAGUUUUACUCUUACUAAAAUAAAG